AUGUCCUCACCCACUGCAGUCUCCACAUCACCAACUGUUUCACCAACAUCUACUGUCAUGCCAAGCUCAGACGCUACAGCUACCGUCCAUCUGCCUUCCACACUCUCCUCCAGUAAGGCGCCUGUUACAGCAUCUCCUGCUGUAGCCACCAGUGAAGAACCAACACGUACUCCUGCUGUGACAGCAUCAUCUACAGCUCAGUGCACAGACUGUCAGUGUAACGGUGGUACCUGCAUAUUCAACGAGACACUGGGAAGCUGUCAGUGUCAGUGUCAAGAUUUUGUCCUUGGAGAUCACUGCUCUCUUGGACAAGAUGAUACAUCUGCUAAUAUUGAUACUGAAGGAGUACCUACUCGAGCAGCAAAUCUUACUUUGGAAAUCAACAUUAGUUUCCAGGAUGCGUUCAAUGAUUUAGAAUCACCCGAGUCCUUAGAGUUCAUCAGGACGUUAGAACGUCAGCUCGAACCCCUGUGCAGACAAGCAUUCCCACAAGGCUUUACAACAGUACAAGUCAUCAAGUUAUCACCGGGAAGUGUCGUCGCAGUGACGUCGGCGGAGUACAGAUAUCAAAACAACGAGACUCAGAUCCAGUUUGUCAACACGCAGCUCGACGGGGUGCUGGCGGAUAUUCUGAACGACUCGAGAAGCCUCAGUCAGAUUUCACAGGCCUUUGGUAAUGAAAGCGUGCAGUUAAAUGGACUCACCUUCCAGCCUCCUCCAGUUACUGACGUCUCAGACCUGAUGCCUUUUGUUAACUGCUCUGGAUUUGCUAAUUACACUGCUGAGAUCGUUGACGGUCGAUGGCUGUGUGUCGGGCCUUGCAAGACAAACCCUGAUUACUGCCACCAGCGUGGAGUCUGUCACAACGACAUCUUCACAGGGCCCCAGUGCACGUGCCACCAAAACAGUUGGGAGCAGUUUUACGGCCCACAGUGUGAUCUCUCCCGUCGAGGUCCAAGUUUUUAUGGAGCCGUGUUCGGAUCUCUGGGGGCAGCACUCCUCCUCCUGAUUACCAUCGUCUUCAUCACUGUCAUGGUCAAAAAGAAACAUAUAGGCAGUUGGAAAAAGAAAAACGCCUAUCAGAGGAGACUGUCUGCGUUUGACGAUUUUAAUGAUUUCUUUGACUUCUCAAACACAGGCAGCAAGAACUCAUCCAGAGGAUCGGAGCAUCAGCGCCGGAUGAAGCCGACUGAAUGA